AUGGUGGCAGGUAAAAAAUCACCUUCGCCCCUAAAACUUAGCGAUGUAUUUGCACAAGAAACAAAUCAGGUAGCAUCAAAAAAUGAAAAACAUAAUGCAAAUGGAAACAAGGAAGAAUGUAAGGAAAAUACUAAAAAUAUAUUAAAUAAAUAUAGAAUAACUGAAUCAAAUAAAAAUGGAAUAGUUAAUAUGCGUAUAAAAAAAGGAUUUUAUAUGAAUAAUAAAAAUAAUAAUAUAAAAACUAAAGUUAAUGAACCAAAUGGAAUAGAAGAGGGACAAAUUUAUAAUAAUAGUGACAUAAAUAAUAGUACAAAAAAUAUUAUAAAUAAAAAAAUAUAUAAAGAAAGUAAUUUACUAAUAGCAAAUGGAGCCUCGGGAUUAAUUGUACAUAACGGAAUAAUAUGUCUAUCCAAAAAAGGAAAUCAGUUAUUUAUUGUAUCAAGCCUUAAAAGAUCAUAUUGUAUUUAUGAUCCACAUAAAUUACGAAAGGCAUAUUCUUCGGGUUAUUUUUCAGAAGAUAUAAAAAAUUUAUAUAUUUUUAAUGGUUAUGUUUAUAUUAUUUUUAAUAAAAAAACUUAUAAAAUAAAUGAUACUGAAGAAAAAAAAAUUUUUAAUAUGGAUUGUCAUAAAUAUAAUAUUAUUGAUCUAUUAAUUGUCUCUGAUUAUUUAUUAACAUAUAGCAAAAAGGAAAUAAUCAUUUGGGACGAUUCCGAGAAUGAUGAAUCUCAUUUUGUGACAGAUUCGUAUAGUGACGAAGAUUCUAGUUAUGAAGAAAAGGAAGAAAAAGAAGAAACGACAGAGGAAAAAAAGGAAAAUUUCGAAGAAAUAAACGAAACAGAAGUACCUGAUGCAACAACGUUAGAUAAUGAUGAUUUGAAAAAUAAAGAAAAUAGUUUUGAGAAUAAAAAUUAUCUUUAUAAAAGUAUAAUACUUUUUGAUGACGAAUCGAGCACUGAAAUAAAUAAAAUUAUUCAUCCAGAUGGAUACACAAAUAAAAUUUUAAUAUUAACAAAUGAGAAUAAACUAUAUUUAUAUAAUAUUAAUAAAGAAAAAAUAAUACAUGAAUACAAUUGUAUAAAUAAUUUGAAUUUGAACAAUUAUAAACAUAUUAAGCUAAUGUCCAAAACAAAUAAAAAUGAUGAAAUAUGCAUAGUAACAACCAAAAAUGAAUUAUAUAUAAUAAAUAUUGAAAAAGAUGAAAUAAUAUAUUCAAAAAAUAUAUAUAUGAAUGAUGAUUUAAUAAGUUGUGUUAAUUUUUAUAAUUAUAAAGAAGAUGGAGAAAUGGUAUCUAUUAUUUUAUUAGGUACUGAACAUGGGAAAAUUCUUAUGAUAAAUGAAAAAAAUAUACAAUAUUUUACAUUAAGAAAUGUCCAUGAUUAUGUAAAAACGAUUUUAGUUGCUCCAAAUGGAUAUAUAUAUAGUGCUGGAUAUGAUAACAAAAUUAAUUUAUUAAAUUUUAAUAAAAAUUUAUUUACUCUAGAAAUUAUGAAAAAACGAAAUAGCUGUGUUGGAAUUGUAAACAAAAUCAAAUAUUUAGACGAUGAAAAUUAUAAAUUAAUUGUAUCAGCAAAUUUAUCAAAUUCACUAAAUGAGGGUAACUUAUUUAUAAUAAGUCCAAAUAAUCCUGAACAAAAUAGAGAAUUCUCAUGGAGUAAAAAAAUAAAAGCUUUAAAUAAAAAUAUAAUAGAUUUUGACAUUAACACUAAUAGACAUUAUGAUUGGAAUAACAUUUUAAUAUGCUUGGAAAAUUCUGAUCGUGUUUAUCUUGGGUCUUCUUAUAAAAAGGUGAUAGAAAAUGAAUAUUUAUCUUUACCACUUGAAGUUAUAGAGAAGGCACAAAGAGAUUUAAAUGUUGGUAAAAAAAAACAAAAAAUGAAUAAAAACAGCAUUGAAGCUGAUGAAUCUGAUAAUGAUAAAGAAAACAUACUUUUGCUAGAUGGAAAAAUUACCGUGAAGAAUGUCAUUAAGCAUGUAGAAGAGGAAUAUAAAAUAUAUGAUGAAAAUAAUAAUGAUUCUGAAUAUUUGUUUAAUACAAAAAAAAAAAAAUAUGCAACUAGUGUAUUAAUAUCUACUUGUGGACAUAUAGGUAUUGUUGGUUAUAAUGAUGGAGAGAUACAUUCAUUUAAUAUACAAUCAACUACAUAUCGAAGUGAAUAUAAAUUAAAUAAAUAUUCAAUUAAAUCUAAGGCGCAUAUAAAUGGAGAAGUAUUAAAACUAUAUUUAUAUGGUAUUAAUCAUUUUGUUUCUGCUGUAAAUUCUGAAGAAGAUACAUGUUUGAGGGUAUGGAAUAUAUAUACUGGUGAUUUAACUUAUACAUAUAAUAUAAAAAAUGAAUACAAAUUAGAAGAAAAUAAUAACUCUGAAGAAAAUAUAAAAAUUCAAUCAUUUUAUCACUAUAAUAUUCUUACAGUUGCUUGUUUAUCAAAUAACAAUGUCCUUAUUUUAGAUAUUGAACAAAAAUGCAUAACUAGAAAAUUGAAAUUUUUAUUUUCAGUUACAAAUGUAACAUUUAGCAAAGAUAAUAGAUUAAUUUUAUUUGCAUUAGAUAAUAAAGCGCUAUUAAUAUAUGAAAUUAUAUCAAAUACUUUUAUUGAUUAUUUAUUAUUUAAAAAUCAUAUUAUAUAUAUGAUAUAUAAUGAUAUAAAUUUAUAUACAGCUCAUCAUAAUAGCCAAAAUUUUAUUUAUUCAUUUACAAAUAAAAAUUUGUUUAAUAAUAAUAAUUAUGUUGUUAAUGAUUAUAAAUUAUUUAAUGCAAUGCCUUUCGAGCAAUUUUCAGAUUCAGAAAAUGAGAACAAUAGUGAACAUCCUUAUCGCACUUGGAAUUUAGAUGAAUUAACUAUGAAUACUGAAAACGUUGAAAAUGAUACUACACAUUUGAAUUAUUCUGAAAAUGAUGAAAAUAAUUCCAAUUUAAAAUCAAAAGAUAAACAUAAUUAUAUACAUGUAAUACAACCAUAUGUAUCUAGCGAAAACCAAAUUAAUAAAAAUUUAUUAACAAUGUCAGGAUAUACUAUAUCAAAAAUAGCUUAUUUAAUAUUUUUAGACAAAAUAAAAGAAAAUUGUAGGGUUGAAGAAAAUGUCAAAAAAAAUGAAGAUAUUCCUUUUUUUCUUAGUGCCAAAUUAGAUAGCAACAAUAAUAAUAUAAACAAUAUAGAAUAUAUUGAUGAAAAAGAAGAUGAAUUUUUAAAAAAUAUUACAGAAGAAAAUCCUAAUAAUGAUCAAAUAGAAGACCAAACGGUUGAAGAAAUAAACUCUAAUAAUAAAGAGUCAGAACAAAAUGAAAAUGAAAUAGAUAAUAAACAAAUUAUUACAAAAUCCGUUAAAAAAUCUAAGCGCAUAACAAAGAAUAUCAAAGAUGGUAUCAUUUGCUCAAAGUUGCAAGAAAUGAUUGGAAAAACAGAGGAAUCUUAUAAUGAAACCUUGAAAUAUUUAAAGAGUUUAUCACCAUCAGGAGUUCAUUUUAAUAUUUUAUCUCUAAGUACAAAAAAAGAGCUUGAAAAUAUGAUGAAUUUCUUUAUUUAUCAUGUAAAGACAAAUGACAACAUAGACCUAAUCCAAUCAUAUAUAUUAAUAUUUUUAAAAACACAUGGUAAAAAAUUAUUGAAAGCAAAGGAAAAAAACUUACAGAAUUCCAUAAGAGUAUUACUCCAAGAAGUUCAAAAAAGCUGGUCAAGCGUUAACGUUUUAUUUGAAAAUAUUAUUUUUUUUAUAAAUUUUUUAACAAAUAUUCAAAUGGAAUAA